AUGAAUCCCAUGCUCCACCUCCUUCGAGGCCCCCGUGAUCUGCCUACGAGUGUACUCGCCGCAUUCGCAGAGUGGGUUGGCUGGACUUAUCCCGCGCUGGUCAGCAAAGCAGAUGAAUCGAUCACAUGGGUGGCAUCUGUAGAAUGGGCGACCUGCAUUGCCAUUCGGGUUGCCCUCCUUGACUUCCAGUCUUACACCAUCUCCGUGGCAUUUGGGGCAUUUUGGAGGAUUAAGUCUGGUGAUCGUCAUCGCUGUUGUUGUGAUAGGGUUGGUCUGUUAUAG